AUGAGAAAAGUUUAUGAAGACAAACUUCCAAUUUCAUUCUUUAAAAAUUUGAAGCAGCAAAAAGGAAAUGUUGAUCCUGAUAACUUAUUUGAUAUUGUUGGUUGCGUUGACAGUUUAAGAGGAUUCGGCAAUGAUCAUGCUAGGAUUGCUCACCACUUGAGAUCGAGCAGCCACAUUAGUAUGAAGGAGAUUAUAAGCUGUUUGUUAGAAGACAGAAAAAAAAAACAACCUUAUCCCAUUAGCUAA